AUGUCUUUCCAACAACAUUGCCAACGCUCAUCUCAUCAAUUGAGAAUCAUGCAAGACAGUUAUACCCAUUUAAAAGCAAAUACAAAGAAUCAAGAUGAUUCCCUAAUGUCACCCCCUUUAACUCCAACGGAUGCUCCAUUGAAUGAUUUAUGGCAUUACAAUGCCUCUGUAGAAGAACUCCCAAUGCCAUUAAUUGAAGCUACAAGAAAAGAUAGAAAGCAAUUCAUCAAAAACUAUGCUCGUAUGGUCCCUUCAUUGCGUAAAAACAAGAGAAAUGCUCAUGGCGUAUUUGCAUUAAAUGUGUAUCGAGAUAUCUUACUCAAGCAGCAGCAACAGCGACAACAGCAGCAGAAACAGCAAGAAAAACCCAAGUAUAAUCAUUGUGCUAGGUUGGACAAUGUCGUGCCACAUACUAAAAAGAGAAAGAUGGUGGCAGAGGAUGGUAUUAAAAGAAAGCGCGUUUCAUCCGUUUUACCCUCUGGAAAAGACGCUGCAUUAGCAUUUGAUGCUAUUGAUAUCGAUACUAUCGACAUCUUGUUCUAUCCUGAAGGUUGGGCACCCAAUAAUGAAGCAUUGGAUCAUGUACCUGUGAAGGUCAACUGGAAAGGUGCCCCUUUGCCUAUCAAUGAUCAACCUUAUUUUGAUCAUUUACAUCAAAUUGAAUCUACAAUGGCUUCUGUAUUAAGGCUAUCACCUGUGCAAUACUUGAGGUGCAAACGUACUCUGAUCUUGGCUGCAAGAACACUGAAAAUUCAACAGAUCCCCUUUACUAAAUCGGUCGCACAAAAGUUGUGUCGAGUAGAUGUCAAUAAGACAAGUGCUCUUUGGACAGCUUUUGGUCAAUUGGGUUGGUUUGAUGGUCCCAUCUGA